AUUAGAGUUAAUUUGUAAUUCUUCUUAAUUUAUAAUCCAACACCAAGAAUCUUUUAUUUUAGACUGAAACCAUGUCUAAUGGAAGUGGAGAUCAUGAUGAUGAAGGCUAUGUUGUGAAACUACGUGGACUGCCAUGGUCCACUACUAUUGAUGAAAUCAUGAAAUUCUUCAGUGAUUGUUCUAUUUCAAAUGGUAAAAAUGGUGUUCAUAUGACUAUGUCAAGAGAAGGCCGUCCAAGUGGAGAAGCUUAUGUAGAAAUGGACACACCUGAAGACAUUGAAAAAGCUUGUAAACGAGAUAGAGAUCACAUGGGCCAUCGUUAUAUAGAGGUCUUUAAAGCAAAAAGAGGUGAAAUGGAAUGGGUAGUCAAGAGAAGUGGUUUAAAUCUAGAAAAUGCUAUGGAUGAUGGUUGUGUGAGACUACGAGGUCUACCAUUUGGAUGCUCCAAAGAAGAGAUAGCACAGUUCUUCUCAGGGUUGGAGAUAUUGCCGAACGGGAUUUCACUACCGACAGACUACACGGGCCGCAGUACUGGGGAGGCUUACGUUCAAUUUGUUAACAAAGAUGUUGCGGAGCGCGCUCUGCAGAAACACAAGGAAAAGAUAGGACACAGAUACAUCGAAAUCUUCCGAAGCAGCUUGUCUGAAGUACGCGCUAGCAUUGGACCGAAAAUGCGAGGUGGGCCAAUGGGUGGCUUCAAUCAGAGACCAGCCCCCUACGAUCGUGGUGCUCGUUUCGGUGGAAUGAAUCGUUUCGGCAGUAAUAGCAGAGGUUCUAGAAACAGAGACUUCGAUGGUGGUCCAUGGGGAAGUGGUAACAACUUUGAUUCACGCGGAGGCAGUAUGGGUAUGCGAGGUGGUUUAGACAUGAAGGGUGGAAACUUCAGGGGCAGCGGUGAUACAUGGGGUGGUAAUUCCGGCAUCCACAGUAUACACAUGCGCGGAUUACCAUUUAAAGCUACAGAACAAGAUAUAGCUGAUUUCUUCAGACCUAUCGAACCUGUAAACGUUCGAAUUAUUCUUGAAAAUGGUGGACGCCCUUCUGGCGAAGCUGACGUAGAAUUUGCAACUCAUGAAGAGGCUGUGAAAGCCAUGUCCAAGGACAAAAGCCAUAUGUCUCAUAGGUAUAUUGAAUUAUUCCUAAAUUCAACUGGCGGUUCAAGUGGUAUGUCACUGGGUGGCAUUGGAAAUUUCUGUGGUGGUUUGGGCAAUAACUUCAGGCCUGGAUACUCCCCAAACAGAGGCUUUAGCUCUCAGCUAGGAGGAAGUAACUAUAAUAGUUUUUGAGGCCGGAUGUCGCGUUUCUUACGCU